AUGGCCGCCCAAGCGCCGCAGACAUCUACAAACGAUACACAAGAGGAAGAUGCUUCAGAGCUCCAGUUUCCCAAAGAAUUUGAAAAUGCAGAGACUUUGUUAAUAUCAGAGGUUCAAAUGUUGCUGGAUCACAGGAAACAGCAGAACGAAAAUGCAGAGGAAGAACAAGAGCAGUCAGAAGUGUUUAUGAAAACACUGAAUUACUGCGAGAGGUUCAGCAAGUUUAAAAAUAGAGAGACCAUUGCUGCUGUCAGAAGUUCUUUGAUGCAGAAGAAACUCCACAAGUUUGAGCUGGCACAACUAGCAAAUCUCUGUCCAGAAACUGCAGAAGAGGCCAAGUCAUUUAUUCCCAGUUUGGAUGGAAGGUUUGAAGACGAUGAGCUGCAGCAGAUAUUGGACGAUAUUAAAACUAAAAGGAGCUUCCAGUAUUAG